AUCGAGUUAUCAUCAUCAGCCAUAUUUUUUUACAUCGAUGUAUCGAUUUACAUUUUUCACUUUAUUUGAUCCAACAAAUAAAGCAACACCACUUUGCUGGAUUGAUUUGCCGUCAUCUUGUUUAAUAUCCAUUUAACGUUGAAAUAUAUAUUUCUAGUUUUUCAAUCAAUUUUCGUAUUUAAUUUUUUGAUUUUCCAAAUUAAUCAUGGCAAGUGAUAAGACACUUCCUCCACCACCUUUUUACUGGGCCCAGCGUAAAAAUUUGGUCUAUGUCAGAAUUGCUAUUGAAGAAUGUGCUGAUCCCACCAUCAAAGUUGAUAAACAGUCAUUGUAUUUCAAGGGUAAAGGUGGUGCUGAUAACAAAGAGUAUGAAGCCAAUUUGCAGCUUUUUGCAGAAAUUAAACCAGAUGAGUCAAAAUAUAAUGUUAGGGGUCGAGGUAUUGAAUUUGUUUUAAUCAAAGCUGAUGACUCAGCUCCUUAUUGGAAAAGACUAUCGGCUGAAGACAAAAAAUUCCACUGGAUAAAAAUUGAUUUCAAUAAGUGGAAAGAUGAAGAUGACUCAGAUGCUGAAGCUGAAUCUAUGGGCAUGGGUCCAGGUGAUGGUGGCGGCUUCGAGGAGAUGAUGAGACAAAUGGGUGGCUUAGGAGGCGGCGAUUUAGAUGAUUUGGAUGAUAAUGAAAAAGAUUCAGAUGAUGAGCCAAUUCCUGAAUUGGAAGAUUAAGCAAACAACAUUCACCACACCUUUUUGCUUGCCCUUGUCCAUGAAAUUUUUUUUUGUCAGUAAAAACAUUGAUUAAAAUUUUACUUUGCUUCUAUAAAA